CGGUCGUUUUCCUCGAGAAAGAUCGAGCCCCUCCGAACCUGAAGCACGAUUGUGCAGAGAUGGAUCGCGGGAGGAGGUCGCUCGCCGUUGCGCUGGCAGUGACCCUGCUCCUGGGCCUCGCCCAUGGCGACAUGGUGCAGUUCAUCUUCGGCGACUCGCUGUCGGACGUGGGCAACAACAACUACCUGACCAAGAGCCUCGCCCGCGCUGCUCUGCCGUGGUACGGCAUCGACUUCGGCAGCGGCAUGCCCAACGGCAGGUUCUGCAACGGCCGCACCGUGGCCGACAUCGUGGGCGACAAGAUGGGCCUGCCGCGCCCGCCGGCGUUCCUGGACCCGUCGGUGGACGAGACCGUCAUCGCCACGCGAGGGCUCAACUACGCGUCCGGCGGCGGCGGCAUCCUCAACGAGACAUCCUCCCUUUUCAUCCAGAGGUUCUCGUUGUACAAGCAGAUCGAGCUGUUCCAGGGGACGCAGGCGUUCAUGCGGGAGAAGAUCGGGCAGGCGGCGGCCGACAAGCUCUUCGGCGACGGCUACUACGUGGUGGCCAUGGGCGCCAACGACUUCAUCAACAACUACCUCCUCCCCGUCUACUCCGACUCCUGGAGCUACAACGGAGACAGCUUCGUCAGCUACAUGGUGACCACCCUGGAGGCGCAGCUCCGGCUCCUGCACGGGCUGGGCGCGCGGCGGCUCACCUUCUUCGGGCUGGGCCCGAUGGGGUGCAUCCCACUGCAGCGGCUCCUGCAGCGGUCGUCGACGGCGUGCCAGGACUCCACCAACAAGCUCGCCCUGAGCUUCAACAAGCAGGCCGGGGCAGUGAUCGAGCGGCUGUCGGCGUCGCUCCCCAACGCGACCUUCCAGUUCGGCGACGUCUACGACUACUUCCAGGACAUCAUCAACCGGCCGUACAUGCACGGGUUCAACAACUCCCACGACCCGUGCUGCUCGCUGGGGAAGAUCAGGCCCACGCUCACCUGCACCCCGCUCUCCACGCUCUGCAAGGACCGCAGCAAGUACGUCUUCUGGGACGAGUACCACCCCACGGACCGCGCCAACGAGCUCAUCGCCCUCGAGACGCUCAGGAGGCUCAACAUCACCGUCGUCGCAAACAGCACCAGCAGCUAG